UAUCUUUUAUUUUAACAAGGUCUGGUUAGAUCUUAAAGAUAUUAUAUCAUCAUUAGAAUUAUUUGAUCUAAUCUUAUUUAUUUAUUUUUCUUCUACAUUUUAAUUAUUCUUUAUAUAUAUGUUUGUGUUCCCAGUUUCUUCAUUCAUCGUGAGAAAAAUAUAAACCAAAAUCAUCUCAAAAUAUUAGUAUAUAUCUAUAAUCAAGGAUAAUAAUUUUAUUGUUAUCUCUAUUUUUAUUUAUUGUGUGGUUUAGAUAACUUCUCUAAAAGUUAGUAUGGUUUAGGAAUUAGGAGUUAGUACUAGUCGAGUAUGAUUAGGAGAUUUAGUUGGUUUGGUGUCCUUAGCCACUAUAUAUAUAUGGUGGAGAAGAUAGGUCAAGAACCAUUCAUCAUCAUCAUCUUCCUGCUUUGUUUCUAAGCUUCUAUCGUCAGAUCUCUCUCUCUCUCUCAGUUCCUGGAGAUAUGUCAGAGAACAAAACUUAUGCAGAGAAUCUUAGCAAUGCCUUUGUGGAGCAUUACUAUUACAUUCUUAACGAAGCACCUCGCUAUCUUCAUAUUUUCUAUAAUGAACCCUGUCUGUUUAACCGUCGUGAUCCUGUCUGUCUGUCUGUCAAGAAAACUUUCUGCACUAGGGAAGAAGUGAAAGAUGAGUUUCUGGCUAUGCGAUACGAAGAUUACACGGCUGAGAUUGAGACUUCACUUGGUAUACCAUAUCCUAUGGAGGAUGAUCGUGUUAUUGUGUUCGUCAAUGGAUACUUGACAAGGAAGAAAGAUAACGUGAGGGGCAAGUUUACGCAAACGUUUCUCGUUGCUCAACAAGACGGUUUCAGUAUCUUAAACGAUAUUUUCAGGUUCAAGGAGACGCAUGUCCCAACCUUAAAUCCGAUUGCUCUUUCUCCUCACCAACCGGCAGCAACAGAGAACUAAGCUUUCCUUAGUGAGAAAGCUCCAAGCAAAGGGGACGAUGAUGAUGAAUUAUGUGUUUCAGUUUUAGGGUUCUAGACUUACAUAUAUGUGUUCUCCAAAGUUCGUUUUGGGUUGGGUUUCUAGGUUUAGGGAUCCUAGGAAAUUAGGAAUCGAAUCAAAAGAUGUAGGUUCCUAUGAACAUAAGUUCAUUUUCUAGUGUUUUCAUAGUGAUUUCUCUUUGUUUCAGCUGUUGGAAAAGUUUCAAAAUUAUAAUCAGAAAAAUUUAUAACAGAAUUUUUAAAGAAAUUCCAACACAUCUUUUUAUUUUUUGAGCGUUUGUUCCACUUCUAUUCAAGUUCUGCAUUUGAACGUGAAAAAACUAGAAAAGUUAAUUAGAAGCUUGCACAAGUAGUGGAGCUAUAAUUUUUCUUUGAUGU